AACUCAGAUCGCGUUCCCUAGUAAAUACUAAAUAUUGUAAAUCAUUAUUUAAUAAUAGUAUUCUAUUAAUUAGCAAACUGAAAGUAAAUCUACUAUCUAGAGACGUGAAAUUUUAAAGAUAUGAUAGGUAAACUAAUUCGUAUCUUAUAUCCUGUAAAUAAAAUGAAUCCAAAAAACAGCGCCCUAAAUAUUGUCAGGACUAACACAAAGUUUACCCAUUCUAUAAAAAUUCAAAAACCGAGAAACAAGGAACCAGGAGAAGUCAUAAAAUGGGUCCUAUUGGUUAUUCCAGUAGGCUCAUUUGGCUUGGGCUGUUGGCAAGUGUACCGGCUUAAUUGGAAAAUUGAACUCAUUGAUGUAAUGCAAGCAAAAACUAAUUCAGAACCUGUAAAUAUGCCAUUAGAUUUUGAGGAGUUAAAAAAAAUGGAAUACUGUCCUGUAAAAGUUUGUGGAGAGUUCUUGCACGAAAAGGAGUUUCUCAUUGGACCAAGAGCAUUAAUUGAAAAUGAUUCAGCUCUGCCUAGCUCUGGAUCCCUCGUUUCAGAUCCAAGAAAAAAUCAAGGAUGGCUUGUUAUAACACCUUUCAAGCUAUCUGAUACAGGAGAAGUUAUUCUGGUAAAUAGAGGCUGGGUGCCUUCUCACAUGCGUUCAAAGGAGAAGCGACUUGCAUCCCUUGUGAAAGGUGAAGUUGAAUUAACAGGAACUGUUAGACUCACGGAAACCAGAGGUCCAUUCAUGCCUAAAAAUAACCCUGAAAAAGGUUCCUGGUUUUCCAGAGAUUUGCAUCAAAUGAGUGAAAGUAUUGGCUGUGCUCCAGUUUGGUUAGAUGCUAAGGGAAACCCUGACCCUCCCGAAGGAUGGCCUUUGCCGAACCAGACCCGAGUUAACUUACGGAAUGAACACCUAUCAUACCUGAUAACAUGGUAUAUGUUGUCAGCUUUCACUGCGGUUAUGUGGCACCGUAUUUUUCUGAAGAAACUUCCACUUAUUUAAUUGUUUUGUAUAAAGUACAUAUUAAUGCUUACAAAAAAAAUACCUUUGUAAUAUAAUCAAUGUAUAGUCUUUUA